AUGCUUGGGUACUGCUGGGCCAGUGAGUUCUGCCGCCACGAUGGAACGUGUCAUCCAGGUAGCAUGCAGUCACUAUGCAUCGACGGACGUGUCAUCAACAGCAGGUUUGAGCCAGCGAAGAACUGCACUGGGGACCCUAUAUUGCAUUGGUCCAUAGACGUUGAUACUUGCGACAAUGGCCGCGAGGUCAGCGUUUCCGCCUGCCAAACAACAACAUCCACCACUGUGGAGAACAGAUCAGUUGAGCCAGAAGUCAACAUGACCAACAACACUACGACAGGUGCGGCAUCAGUGUCACGAGGUACGAGCAUUGCCGCCGUCGUUUGGUCUACCUUGGCCUUGACCCUCCUGGGACAAUGCUUCCUGUGGUAG